AUGUCCGUGAACGAUACCUACCGAGCAUCCAGCCCAGAGCAUGAGCCAGAGCUCACUGCAGAAACUACCGCUGAGCAAAUUGUAGAGCUCAAGGAAUCUAUACCCCCCUCCUCUGCACCUAUCAUCGCGAUUGAUCUUGAUGACGUGUUGAGCUGUACCAACGCUGUCGUAGCGCAAUGGCACAACGAGACUUAUGGUACCCAGAUGACCACCAAUGAUUUUUACUACUACUUCUACUGGAAGAAUCCAUUUUGGGGAACGCCUCACACCACGCAAACAAAAGUCAAAACAUUCUACACCAGCGGUCUGAUGGCGCAGACCCAGCCCGUACCUGGUGCACGCGAGGGCGUAGAGGCCUUGUGUGCGCUGGGCUAUCGCUUGAUCAUCGUUACGGCUCGAGGCAAAGAUUCCCAUGCUGACAGCUGGGCCUGGGUCGAACGUUGGUUCCCUGGAUGUUUUCAUAGCAUGAUAUGCACCGGCAAGUUUGCGAAUUCUCCAAAGCAUGCGACAGAUGGCGUAGACGCCUUGACGGGUGCACAAAAGGAACAUGAAGUCGCCACGCGGUUGAGCAAAGCGGAGGUCUGUAUUGACAUUGGAGCCGAACUGCUGAUCGACGACUCGAUGGAAAAUGCGUUGGCCUGCGCAUAUCAUAUUCCAUUAGAUGGAGUAACAAAACCUCCCCCGGUACUCCUUUUCGGCUCAUAUGAGUGGAACAAGCGAUUAUCAGUGGCUUCAGAUGAGUGCGACGAUAUGGUUUAUGAAGUCCGUUUACAAAGAGAAGGGGUAAAGUUCCUGGAAGAGGAUGUGAGGCGAGGGGACAAGGCAUUGGAGCAAGCAAACACCCAUCUUUCGGUGCGCCGGGCUAGAGACUGGAGUGAGGUUGUGCGAUAUGUCGCGGAGUUGAAGGGCGGCCGUUUGUAG